CAUGUUGCUUUAAGAGCACCCAUCCCCCCUUCCUGCUUGAGUCACUGUGUCCCAUCAGUCAUCCUGAAAUACACUAGGGUGCUUGUCAGGCUGUUUGCUUACAGAUGGACUACAAGCCAAAUUUUGAGCCAUAAUAGUGGCACUAAAUUUUUAAACACAAGAAACUUAGGCAAUUGGUUUAGUAUCUGUAUUUGGGCAAUACUCUGUCCUGCAGUAGGCAACAUGUCAGCUGAAACUCCAAAAAUACUGAAUAUUGAUCUUCAGAACCUGGAGGUCCAAACAUUCACUGUAGAGAAGUUACUGGAGCCUCUCAUAAUUCAGGUUACUACACUUGUUAACUGUCCCCAGAAUCCUUCCAGUCGGAAAAAAGGAUGUUCGAAAAGAGCCAGAGUUCUUCUAGCUUCUGUGGAAGAAGCAACUUGGAAUUUAUUAGACAAGGGGGAGAAGAUUGCUCAGGAAGCCACAGUUUUAAAGCAAGAGCUUACUGCUGUACUUGAGGAAGUCCAAAAAGAAAGUGAAGCUUUGAAAGCAUCAGCUGAGAGAUUCGCCGAUGAUCCCUGCUGUUUCCCAAAAAGAGAGGCCGUGGUUCAAGUUGCCCGGGCCUUGUUGACUGCAGUUACCAGACUUCUUAUCCUGGCAGAUAUGACCGACGUAAUGUGUCUCUUGCAGUAUGUGUCAGCUUUUCAAAGGACAUUUGAGUCUCUUCAAAAUGUUUCUAACAAAUCUGACCUUCAAAAGACCUAUCAGAAACUUGGGAAAGAGCUGGAGGAUCUGGAUUAUUUAGCCUUCAAACGUCAACAGGACUUAAAAUCUCCAAAUCAAAGGGAUGAAAUUGCUGGAGCUCGGGCCUCAUUGAAGGAGAACUCUCCCCUUUUGCAUUCCAUUUGUACAGCUUGUUUGGAACAUUCUGAUGUUGCAUCUCUCAAAGCCACCAAGGAUACAAUUUGUGAAGAAAUCCAGAAUGCCCUUCAUGUAAUUUCAAAUGCUUCACAAGGUGUCCAGAAUAUAGUGGAUCUACCAGAACCUCAAGAAUCAACUCUGGGAAGUGCUCUUGAUGAGCUUGAGAAUUUAAUUGUCUUGGAUCCACUCACAGUGAGUGAGGAGGAAAUAAGACCCUCAUUAGAGAAACGUCUUGAGGCCAUCAUCAGUGGAGCUGCUUUACUGGCUGACUCUUCAUGUACGAGGGAUUUCCACCGUGAACGGAUCAUUGCAGAAUGCAAUGCUAUUCGACAGGCUCUCCAGGAAUUACUGUCAGAGUACAUGAACAAUACUGGAAGAAAGGAAAGAAGUAGUACUCUGAAUAUUGCAAUAGACAACAUGUGCAAGAAGACAAGAGAUCUUCGCAGACAGCUCCGCAAGGCAAUUAUAGAUCACGUGUCUGACUCUUUUUUGGAUACAACAGUUCCACUUUUGGUUCUCAUUGAAGCUGCCAAGAAUGGUCGAGAAAAGGAAAUCAGAGAAUAUGCUGCAAUAUUUCACGAACACACUAGUAGGCUUGUAGAGGUGGCGAAUCUUGCUUGUUCAAUGUCAAUAAAUGAAGAUGGGAUUAAAAUUGUCAGAAUCGCAGCCAACCAUCUGGAAACCUUGUGUCCUCAGAUUAUCAAUGCUGCCCUGGCUUUGGCUUCAAGACCCAACAGUCAAGUGGUCAAAAAAACCAUGGAAAUGUACAAGCGCACCUGGGAGAAUCACAUCCAUGUUCUCACUGAAGCCGUAGAUGACAUUACAAGCAUUGAUGACUUCCUUGCUGUAUCUGAAAGUCAUAUCCUAGAAGAUAUCAACAAAUGUAUCAUAGCCUUGAAAGACCAGGAUACUGAGCAUUUAGACCGUGCUGCUGGAGCGAUCAGAGCACGGGCAGCAAGAGUAGCUCACAUUGUCACAGGUGAAAUGGACAGUUACGAACCAGGAGCUUAUACUGAAGGCGUGAUGAGAAAUGUAAACUUCCUUACAAGCUCUGCAAUUCCUGAGUUUGUAACACAAGUGAAUGUUGCAUUGGAAGCCCUAAGUCAAAAUUCUUUGGAAGUGUUUGAGGAUAAUCAAUUUGUGGACAUCUCAAAGAAGAUCUAUGAUACAGUUCAUGAUAUCAGAUGUUCAGUGAUGAUGAUCCGGACACCAGAGGAACUGGAGGAAGUUUCGGACUUGGAAGAGGACCAUGAGGUUCGCAGUCACACCAGCACUCAGACUGAAGGGAAAACUGACAGGGCCAAGAUGACUCAAUUGCCUGAGGCAGAAAAAGAAAAGAUUGCUGAGCAAGUUGCUGAUUUUAAGAAAGUGAAGUGUAAACUGGAUGCUGAGAUUGAAAUAUGGGAUGAUACAAGCAAUGAUAUUAUUGUUUUGGCCAAGAAGAUGUGUAUGAUCAUGAUGGAGAUGACCGACUUUACAAGGGGCAAAGGGCCAUUAAAGCACACAACUGAUGUGAUCUAUGCAGCUAAAAUGAUAUCAGAAUCAGGAUCAAGGAUGGAUGUCCUUGCUCGUCAAAUUGCCGACCAGUGUCCAGAUCAAUCAUGCAAACAGGAUUUAUUGGCAUACCUGGAACAGAUAAAGUUCUACUCUCACCAACUGAAAAUCUGCAGUCAAGUUAAAGCUGAGAUCCAGAACUUAGGGGGAGAACUCAUCAUGUCAGCUUUGGACAGUGUCACCUCUCUGAUCCAAGCAGCCAAAAAUUUAAUGAAUGCUGUAGUGCAAACAGUGAAAAUGUCUUACAUUGCCUCAACAAAAAUCAUCCGAAUUCAAAGUCCUUCUGGACCCCGACACCCAGUUGUAAUGUGGAGAAUGAAGGCUCCUGCAAAAAAGCCCUUGAUCAAAAGAGAGAAACCAGAAGAAAUGUGUGCAGCCAUCAGACGAGGCUCAGCAAAGAAAAAAGUCCACCCAGUGCAAGUUAUGAGUGAAUUUAGAGGAAGACAAGUCUUCUAAAACCACUGUUCUACUCUAGUGCCUUCUAUUACAAAGUCCUGGCUAACCACAUUACACUGUUUUCUUUUU